AUGAAACGGGAUCAAAACCAAUGCAGAAAAGAAUUUGCAGUUGAUACUGAAAUCAUGAUGCUUGACAGGAACUACAACUGUUUUUUUAUCACCUUCAAAAUGUCAGUGUUGAAGAAUGUGAUCAUCUGGGACAAACUAAAGUUUGUCGGACUAGUACAGAAUUGUGGCAAUUUCAGUACUAAAAGCAGAUUCUGGAGGUCACCCCAUGUGAAAGGGGGGAUCCUCAUGUCAACAAUGGAAGUGGAUGCUGUUACUCUGGAAGCCGGUUUCUUUGAAGAGGAGGUGUGGGAAGCAGUGCAGGAUUAUGAUGGGAACAAAGCACCAGGCCCAGAUGGCUUCAACCUUAAUUGUAUCCAGAGGUGUUGGCCUAUAUUGAAAGGGGAGAUCUUAAGUAUGGUGAAUGAAUUUCAUCAAUAUGGUAAGCUAUCUAGAGGGGUUAUCAGCUCUUUCAUAGUUCUUAUACCCGAGAAGGAUAACCCCAUAGGCUUGGGGGAUUAUAGACCUAUCAGCUUGGCGAACUCUGUCUAUAAAAUUUUAGCUAAACUGCUCUCAAGGAGGCUUAGGAAAGUAUUACCUUCUGUGAUCAAUGAGGUUCAGUCUGCUUUUGUGAGCGGUAGGCAAAUUCUGGAUGGUGUGCUCAUAGCAAAUGAAGUUGUAGAUGCAUGGAAGAAAUCAAAAAAGCGAGGUAUAAUUCUAAAAUUGGAUUUCGAAAAAGCUUAUGACUCACUUAAUUGGGAAUUUCUGUGGCCGAUGAUGAAUAAUUUGGGUUUCGGUGAGAAGUGGUUAGUUUGGAUGAGAAAUUGCAUUUCUUCAGUCAGGGUUUCCGUGUUGGUUAAUGGCUCACCUACAGAGGAAUUCCAGCCACAGAAGGGGCUAAGGCAGGGUGACCCCCUCUCUCCUUUUCUGUUCAUAAUCGCAGCGGAAGCUCUUAACCUAUUAUUAGCAAGGGCAGUGGAGAAGGGUUUGUUCAGAGGAGCCUCAGUUGGUAGUAAUGAUUUGCGCAUCUCUCAUCUCCAGUUCGCAGAUGACACCAUAGUGUUUUGUGAAGGAGAGAAUAAAGCUUUGUGGAAAUCAGUUGUUUGCUCAAGGUAUGGUUAUUUUGGUGGGGGUUGGUUACCAACUUUGCAUAACAUAGAUGGGGCAUCUACCGUAUGGAAGGAUAUAGUGCUGCUUUAUUCACUUAAUCAGUCUUUGGGUGAGAUUUAUAAACAGAAUUUAAGGCUAGCAUUGGGAAAUGGGAGGAGAAUCCAGUUUUGGUUAGACACUUGGAUGAAUGGAAGAGGUCUGAAUGAGGAGUUCCCCAGAUUAUUUAGUCUAUCCACUGAGAAUGAAGAAUCCUUGCAACAAAUUAGUGCCAAGAGGAGCCUUGGGGUGUGGCAGCUUCAAUUUAGAAGAAGGUUGCUGGCAUGGAAGGAAGAGGAGCUGCAGAGAUUGUAUGCAACUCUGGAAUCAUCCCCUGAGCUCAGAGAGGAAUUUGAAGACUCUUGUUCUUGGCUUAUUUCAAAGACUGGGAAGUUCUCUGUUUCAUCUCUAUGGAGUUGGUGGGUGGUAAACAAAGGCCCUGGUUUGAAGGUGCCAGCUGGGGUCUGGGCAAGUUUGGCUCCUCCAAAGAUGCAGUUUAUCUGCUGGCUUGCUUGGAGAGGUUGA